AGAACGCGGCCGCCCCCGGCCCGGCCCACCCCGGGGUGCUGUGUUCUGGGCGGUGGCCUGGCGCCUUGGGGACUCGCCUCGCCGGACGCGUCCGGGUCGGGGCUUUCGUAGCGGCUGGGAGCAGGCUCCCCGCUGAGCCCCGUUCGGGACGGUGACAACUCGGCGCCGGGAAGUUCGGCCACGUAACGGCGCGGGGGGCCGCCCCUGGAAGGCCAUGUCUGCUCCGGGAGGACUGACAGGUGUUGUAGCCUCCGGCAGUGAGACUGAGGAUGAUGACAGCAUGGACAUCCCCCUGGACCUUUCCUCUUCUGCCGGCUCAGGCAAGAGGAGGAGAAGGGGCAACCUGCCCAAGGAAUCGGUGCAGAUUCUCCGAGAUUGGCUGUAUGAGCAUCGGUACAAUGCCUAUCCCUCAGAGCAAGAAAAAGCAUUGCUGUCCCAGCAAACACAUCUAUCUACACUACAGGUCUGUAACUGGUUCAUCAACGCCCGCCGAAGGCUCCUCCCUGACAUGCUGAGAAAGGAUGGCAAAGAUCCAAAUCAGUUCACAAUUUCCCGCCGUGGGGCCAAGAUAUCUGAAGUGAGCUCUGUGGAGUCAGCAAUGGGCAUCAAAAACUUCAUGCCAGCUUUGGAGGAGAGCCCAUUUCAUUCCUGUCCUACUGGACCAAACCCAGCCCUAGGGAGGCCACUGUCCCCUAAGCCGUCAUCUCCAGGAUCAAUCCUGGCUCGUCCAUCAGUGAUCUGUCAUACCACUGUGACUGCAUUGAAAGAUGUGCCUUUCUCUCUGUGUCAGCCAGUUGGUGUGGGACAAAACACAGAUAUACAGCAGAUAGCAGCCGGCAACUUUACAGACACCUCCCUCAUGUACCCAGAGGACAUGUGUAAAAUUGGACCAAGCACAACUACACAAAGUGGUCUUUUCAACACUCCUCCCCCUACUCCUCCGGACCUCAACCAGGACUUUAGUGGAUUUCAGCUUCUAGUGGAUGUUGCACUCAAACGGGCUGCAGAAAUGGAGCUUCAGGCAAAACUUACAGCUUAACUAUUUUCAAGCAAAACAGUUCUAACAAAUGUUUUGAUUGCCAGGGUGAUGGCAAGAGAUAAAUCGUGUUAUUUUAUAUAUUUUUUUAUUAAUAUUUGCACAUGGGAUUGUUAAAAAUGAAGCUCCCUGUUACUGAGAUGUCUUCAAUGGAAUACAGUCAUUCCAACAACUAUAAACUCAAAACUACUGUAGAAACAAAGGUUUUUUGUUUUUUUUAAUGUUUCUUGGUAGAUUAUUCAUAAUGUGAUAUGGUUCCCAAGAUUAUGUGAUUUUUUUUUUCCCCUCCCUUCCUCCCCCCCUUUUUUUUGUUGGUGUUUUUUCAGACUGUGCAAUACUUAGAGGACCUAUAUAGUAUCUUCUCAUUCCCAUGUGGAACAGGAUGUCCACAUACUGUCUAAUAAAUUUUCAAAUUUUUUUCAA